UCUAGAAAGCCGAUUGUCAGUAGCAGACGACAAUCGAUUGAUUCAGCAGUUACUGCAAUAGAGUAGUGUAGGACACGUGACUUAAUUGUUUAUAAAUUUUUUUCAUUCUUUGUAUAACAGAAAAAAGAUAUAAAAAAAUUGAGUAUUCAAGAAAGAAGUUUUCGACCGAAAGAAAAUAACUUUACUACUAUUCAAUUUCUUACUGCAAUGCGAUCAUGUUAAUGCAUUUACAGUUUUUAAUUCUAAUUCUGAUAAAUUUUUUAAAACUUCGAUACAGUGACUCUUUAAGAUAGUGUAAUAGAAUCUGAAUUUGGAUAUAUUCAAAUACACCCAUAAUAAAGUAUUUAACUUAGUGGAAUGUUUACUGAAGAAGCAAAAUCGAGUGACAUUACAAAUGCAAAACAUUUAUUUUCCACGUCUAUCAUCUCAGGUGCUGCUGCAGGAAUUAUUUGUGACAUAAUAUUUUUCCCAUUGGAUACUCUCAAAACACGUUUACAAAGUCAACAUGGAUUCUUAAAAUCGGGUGGUUACAAACAAUUGUAUCAUGGUAUAGGACCUGUAAUGAUGGGCUCUGCUCCAUCAGCUGCUUUAUUCUUUAUCACUUAUGAGGGAUUAAAAGAAUUCUUACAACCACAAAUAUUACCUCAAUAUCAUGCAUUUAUACAUAUGGGUGCUGCAUCAUUAGGUGAAAUGGUUGCUUGUUUAAUACGAGUACCAGUGGAGGUACUUAAACAAAGAAGACAAGCGCUUUUAGCUGAUGUAGCUCGUUUAAAAUUACGAACAUUAUUUCGUGGAUAUGGCAGCACUGUUCUUCGUGACAUGCCAUUUGGAUGCAUUCAAAUGCCAUUAUGGGAAUACUUUAAAGUUUGUUGGAAACAGCAUGUACACCAUGAAUGUACACCAUUAGAAGGAGCUUAUUGUGGUGCUGCAUCUGUGGCGGUCUCUGCAGCUAUUACAACUCCAUUGGAUGUUGCAAAAACUAGAAUAAUGUUGUCUUCGACUACAGCGGAUAAAAAAGAAGUUAAAAUAUCCACGAUGUUAAAGGAAGUUUAUCGAGAGAAUGGACCUAAAGGAUUAUUCGCAGGCUUUCUUCCAAGGGUGGGUGGCUUUACUAUUAGUGGUUUUGUAUUUUUUGGUAUCUAUGAACAAUCCAGAGAAAUUUGUGCUUCAAUUUUCCCAUAUACAUCAAACCAAAAAAACAAAACAUAGUAAAAGUAAUAACAAAAAGCAAAAAUAUUUUUUGCUCACUAUUCGAAGUUAAAAAUUUUCACAUUUUCUCAAAUUUUUUCUCACGUCUAUUCGUUAAAAAAUAAUGAAUAAACUUUGCACCUUAUAUAUAACAAUACUUUUGUUUAUAAUAAACAACCGUAUUGAUUUUCUUAAAGGUGAUAAACCAUAAUUAAAUUAUCUGAAAGUCUUCACAGUUUCUGCUUAAAUAUGGCACCAUUAUAGUAGUAAAUAAUUAACUUAUAUAUUUAAAAAUUUCAAAAUAAAAUUUUCUUUCUGAAAUUUAUAGAAACAUAAAAUUUAUAAAAUAUAAUUAAUGCUUAAAUAAGACAACAAAUGAAAUGUACAUUAAUUUGUAAUAUAUAAAUGCAAGUAAUUAUAUCCAUAAUUACUGUUAAGAUGCACACAUGCACUUUGUCAGAAAAAUAUUACAAUUAUAGAGAAUAUUUUAGCAAUCAUUGAUCUAAUCUUUACGUUAGAAUAAUAUUUAAGAAGGCACAAAACUUUUUCUAAUACUAAUUACUUGUUUAAUAAUUGUAUCAUAUAAGAAUAAUUUAUUGUAUGUUAAAACUUUGCUUUCAAAUAUUAAUAUAUAGUAUUAAUAUACAUUAAAUUACCUCUUUUGAAUAUUAUAUGAAGAAUGAAAGUAUUAAAAAUUUUAAUAUUGUUUUUGCUUUUAUGGCCUAACAACAAUGCGAUGUUUUGGGCGUAUUUAUUAAAGCAACUGUUUCUUCUACUUUUUGUAAAUUCUCUGGCACAGAUAAGAAAUCAUUAGCAAUUUCUGUAAAUAAUUCCACUGCAAGAAAUAAAUAAUUUAAGUUUAUCUUCAAAAAAAGCAGUGUGAUCAAAUAUAUGAUCUUACCAACAUUCUCCCCAGUUUUACUCGAUGUUAAAAAAAAUUUAGCUUGAAUACCAUUUGCAUAGUUUUUUACAAUAUCUAUAUCUGGUACUGCUAUCAUAUCAGUGUUUGAUAAAAUAUCUUUUUUUGUACCACAGAGAUAAAUUUUACAUUCUUCUUCUACAUCUCUCAAUUCUCUUACCCAAAAUUUUGCUUUUUGAAAUGUAUUAAAUUUUGUAACAUCAUAACAUAUUAUUGCAGCUUUAGCACCACGAUAAUAUAUUCUUGUCAUUGCAUCAUAUCUAAAAUAAAUAAUUUAAAUUUAAUAUUAUUUGAGUGAAAAUAAUCUUUAACAAAAUUAAUAUGUAACAUUUAUUGAAAUUAAGAUAAUAUACCUUUCGUUACCUGCAGUGUCCCAUAUUCCCAUUACAAUAUUAUGUCCAUUAAUUUCUAUUUGUUUUGCAGCAAAUGCAGCUCCUAUUGUCUACAAAUAAUGACUGAUUCAAUGUUUUAUUUAAUAUAUAAUUGUUACAAUAUAUAUAAUAAAAACAUCCAAAAUACA